CAUCUGGUGGCAUGAUAUCACAACUUUAAUGAUUGAUCCAAAAUUCAACAGGCAUCCCAAGUCCGAAGAUCAUUUUUGUCACUUCCUCUAUGCCAGCUAUACAGGGAAGUUCAUUUAGUCCUUUUUUCAUUUCCGGACUGUUCCACUAUUUCGAUUUAGUAUCCUGGAUUUGUCUGCUGUUAAGGAGAUCCUUCGGUUGGGUGUACUAAGAAGUAUUGACAGGAGUCAGGCUGUCCUUCAUAACUACUAUGAAGGCCAAACGUCUUCAUGUCCUCCUUGUUAUAGCCAUAGGUCUACUGAAUUCCCCUCUGACUGCAGGGAUAGACAGUAAACAGAUUCGGCUGGUCAACGGGACGACUCGUUGUUCUGGACGAGUGGAGGUCUUACACGAAGGCCAGUGGGGAUCAGUCUGCGAUGAUGCCUGGGGCCUACAGGAGGCAGAAGUUGCGUGCCGCGAGAUGAAGUGCGGGAUGGCCCUGGGGGUAAAAUACCGAGCCCACUUUGGCCAGGGGGCUGGCCCCAUUCUGCUGGAUAACCUUGGGUGCAAUGGCCAAGAGAGGACACUGGGAGAAUGCAAACACGCAGGCUUUGGGGUCAAUGACUGCGGCCAUUGGGAAGAUGCCGGCGUCGAGUGUUUAGAUGUGCCAUUGAAUGUCAAGCUGUUCAACGGCACCAGUCGUUGCAACGGUCGACUGGAAGUUAAACACGAGGGCCAGUGGGUGAAGAUUUGUAAUGACAGCCAUUGGGGAAAUAAGGAAGAGUCACUGGUGUGCCGUGAGUUAGAAUGCGGCACGCCGGAUAAAAAGGCUGUGAGGCUCAACAUCGGAGCGAGUUCUAAUCUGGGAAGUUUCACGGCCAGCUGCGUCGGCGCUGAGACCUCCAUCGCCGCCUGCCCGCUUCAGUCGAACCUGAGCGCAUGUGAAGCAGCAGUUGUUUACUGCACAGACGCAGCGGAGAUGCGGCUGGUCAACGGGUCCACCAGCUGCUCCGGUCGGGUGGAGGUGUUCUACCGCGACCACUGGGGCACGGUGUGUGACGACGCUUGGACCAUGAGGAACGCCGAGGUGGUGUGCAACUCACUGGACUGCGGCACGGCCCUGGAGAUCAAGUCGCGCGCCUUCUACGGCCAGGGCAAGGGGAUGAUCUGGCUGGACGACGUGCGCUGCUCCGGCCAGGAGACCUCGUUGCAGAAAUGCAAUCACAGUGGAUUGAGCAUCCACAACUGCGGCCACGGCGAAGACGUGGGGGUCGUGUGUUCAGACCACAUCAAGCUGCUCAAUGGGACUCAGCGUUGUGAGGGUCGCAUUGAGGUCAAACAUGGUGAUCAGUGGAGGAAAUUGUGCAGCAGUGGCUGGAGCCAGAAAGAGCAUGAGGUGUUGUGUCAGGAGGUGAAAUGUGGGACCCCGCUUACUGGACAGGAUAUGCCAGACUUUGGGGACAGAAUUGCGCCAAUAGGAGUCAAGGCAAGUUGCCUGGGAAACGAGACGUCAUUCAUGGAGUGUGAAAUCAAGGAAACAGCCGACACUUGUGACAGUGCCUCCCUUCUCUGUGCAAACAGUAAACAGAUUCGGCUGGUCAACGGGACGACUCGUUGUUCUGGACGAGUGGAGGUCUUACACGAAGGCCAGUGGGGAUCAGUCUGCGGUGAUGGCUGGGGCCUACAGGAGGCAGAGGUUGCGUGCCGCGAGAUGAAAUGCGGGACGGCUCUGGGGGUCAAAUACCGAGCCCACUUUGGCCAGGGGGCUGGCCCCAUUCUGCUGGAUAACCUUGGGUGCAAUGGCCAAGAGAGGGCACUGGGAGAAUGCAACCACGCAGGCUUUGGGAUCACUAACUGCGUCCAUUCGGAAGAUGCCGGGGUCUUGUGUUCAGAGAAAGUCAAGCUGUUCAACGGCACUGAUCGUUGCAACGGUAGACUGGAAGUUGAACACGAGGGCCAGUGGGUGAAGAUUUGUAAAAACAGCCAUUGGGGCGAUAAGGAAGAGUCACUGGUGUGCCGUGAGUUAGAAUGCGGCACGCCGGAUAACAAGACUGUGAGGCUCAACAUCGGAGCAAGUUCUAAUCGGGGAAAUUUCACGGCCAGCUGCGUCGGCGCUGAGACCUCCAUCGCCGCCUGCCCGCUUCAGUCGAACCCGAGCGCAUGUGAAGCAGCAGUUGUUUACUGCACAGACGCAGCGGAGAUGCGGCUGGUCAACGGGUCCACCAGCUGCUCCGGUCGGGUGGAGGUGUUCUACCGCGACCACUGGGGCACGGUGUGUGACGACGCUUGGACCAUGAGGAACGCCGAGGUGGUGUGCAACUCACUGGACUGCGGCACGGCCCUGGAGAUCAAGUCGCGCGCCUUCUACGGCCAGGGCAAGGGGAUGAUCUGGCUGGACGACGUGCGCUGCUCCGGCCAGGAGACCUCGUUGCAGAAAUGCAAUCACAGUGGAUUGAGCAUCCACAACUGCGGCCACGGCGAAGACGUGGGGGUCGUGUGUUCAGACCACAUCAAGCUGCUCAAUGGGACUCAGCGUUGUGAGGGUCGCAUUGAGGUCAAACAUGGUGAUCAGUGGAGGAAAUUGUGCAGCAGUGGCUGGAGCCAGAAAGAGCAUGAGGUGUUGUGUCAGGAGGUGAAAUGUGGGACCCCGCUUACUGGACAGGAUAUGCCAGACUUUGGGGACAGAAUUGCGCCAAUAGGAGUCAAGGCAAGUUGCCUGGGAAACGAGACGUCAUUCAUGGAGUGUGAAAUCAAGGAAACAGCCGACACUUGUGACAGUGCCUCCCUUCUCUGUGCAAGCCAUCCAGGUAUUACACUGGUGAAUGGCAAUGAUCGAUGCUCGGGGAGAGUGGAGGUCCAAAACGACGGCCAAUGGGGAACCGUGUGUGAUGACUCCUGGGACAUCAGGGACGCACAGGUUGCAUGCAGAGCGAUGGACUGCGGAACACCCUUACUCAUCAAACCUGCAGCCUACUAUGGCCCGGGCCGGGGUAACGUCUGGUUAGACGACUUGGAAUGUUUUGGUAACGAGACCUCGCUCAUGCAAUGCAAACACAGACACUUCGGUCUGAGCCGCUGUAACCACAUGGAAGAUGCUGGAGUGCAAUGUUCAAUUUCCACCCGACUCCUGAACGGGAGCAACCGCUGCUCAGGCAGAGUGGAGAUCCACCAGGAAGGACACUGGGCACCAGUGUUUAAUGCUAACUGGGGGCUCAAUGAAGCGCUUGUGGUGUGCAGAGAGAUGCAAUGUGGAGAACCGGUGGUGGCCUCAACACCGUUCAAUUUCGGACAUGCCGGCCAGGCGACAGGGUACACCACCACUUGUAACGGCAGAGAAACCUCGAUAAGCCAGUGCUCCCUGAGAGGAUAUGCCCAGAACAGCCAGAAUCAUGCUGCUGCGGCAACAGUAGUUUGUUCAGGUAACGUGAGGUUAGUCAAUGGAUCCAAUAAGUGCACCGGAAGGGUUGAAUUGUACGAGAAUGGCCAAUGGGGAAGUGUGUGCGAUGAAACCUGGGAUAUGAAUGAUGCGGCGGUGGUAUGUACGUAUCUCCAAUGUGGUAGGGCCCAGAAGAUCCCUAAUUCUAGCUUCUUUGGCCGAGGCAGCACAAACAUGUUGAUUGGAGAAAUUAGUUGUACUGGACGCGAGCACUCACCCGACGAAUGCAGACAACAGAACAUUGGUUCCUCGACUUGCAACAGCACCGCAGUGGCUGGACUUCUGUGCUCAGAUGGUUUGCCCACGCGCUUGGUCCAUUCCACGGGUAAAUGUUUUGGGAGAGUGGAGGUCCAACACGCAGGCCAGUGGGGCACCUUGUGUGGUGAAGACUGGUCCAUGUCCGACGCCAUGGUUGUGUGUAGUCUCUUGGGAUGCGGGAAGGCAGCGAGCAUCUCUGGUAAUGCACAGUAUGAGCAAGGCACCGGGCCCAUAUGGGAAGCCAGCGAUCUGUGUUUCAACAAUGAGGCGUCAGUCUUCAAAUGCUCACAGAGUGGAUUCAACGGCACUAGCUGUGGCCACAGACAGGAUGCCGGUGUUGUCUGCACAGAAUCAAUAAGGUUGGUCAAUGGCAGAAGCGAAUGUUCUGGCCGGCUGGAGAUUUCACACAAUGGCCAGUGGGGAACGAUAUGUGACGACAACUGGCAUAUGGGUAACACUGAAGUAGUGUGCCGGCAGAUGGGGUGUGGCCAUGGCCUUUCUAUUGGUAGCUUUGGUGCAGGAAGUGGCCCAAUAUGGCUGGACGAUGUUGUUUGUACCGGUGAAGAGGACGUGAUCACUCAGUGUCCUCAUCGGAAAUAUGGCGAAAAUAACUGCGGUCAUAGUGAAGAUGUGGGCAUUGUAUGUGCAGGAAAGUUAGCCAAGCCACAUGUAUCUCUGAACCCGGGUCCAGAGGUAAACUUCGGUGACAGAGUUGAAAUAACGUGCUCUGUGGAAAUGACCGACCACCUGGGAGGAAUGUUUGUCUUACAAAAGACACCAGGCCCCUUCAGAAUGCAGAGAUACUCUGUGAGUGAAACUGAAACCUUCACUAUCCCCAAGACCAACUUGAGCCAUGGAGGCUUGUAUCACUGCCAUUUUCAAAAGAAAAUCCUAUCCAAAACCAUUGACAUGCUGGGGGAUCCUGUUGAGCUCAAAGUCACAGUGAAACUACAGCAGCCCAUCAUCUCCCUGCCAUCGGGUGGCCCCAUGAUGCUUAUACCCACCAACAAAAUAGAGGUCGAGGGAGGAAGCACCUUCGCCAUCUCUUGCUCCAUUUUCUCCAAAUACGAGGGGGGGUCCUUCUACCUGCGCAAGACCAACACCAACGCCACAAAGCUUCAGGCAGCGUUAAGCCACUCCAUCAUCCAAGUGGCUUACUUUGAUUUCUCAGAAGUGACCCCGCAAGAUCAGGGCAAUUACACAUGUGUCUAUUCCAUCAAUAUCUCUGCACAAUCCUUCCAUUCAGUCCCCUCGAAAACAAUCCAGAUCAUAGUGUCAGUGAAACUACAGCAGCCCAUCAUCUCCCUGCCAUCGGGUGGCCCCAUGAUGCUUAUACCCACCAACAAAAUAGAGGUCGAGGGAGGAAGCACCUUCUCCAUCUCUUGCUUCAUUUUCUCCAAAUACGAGGGGGGGUCCUUCUACCUACGCAAGACCAACACCACCGCCACAAAGCUUCAGGCAGCGUUAAGCCACUCCAUCAUCCAAGCGGCUUCCUUUGAUUUCUCAGACGUGACUACACAAGACCAGGGCGAUUACACAUGUGUCUAUUCCAUCAAUAUCUCUACACAAUCCUUCCAUUCAGUCCCCUCUAAAACAAUCCAGGUCACAGUGUCAGGAUCUGAUGUCCCUUCAACCAUGAGAAGAACCAUGGUUGGUCUCGCGCUUGUCCUGAUACUGUCCACCAUUGUGUAUCUAUGCUGGAGAAGGAGAAGAAUGGCGUCACGUGCCAUGGUACACAAGGGCCAAAACGAGGUCGAGUCCGACAACAAUCUGGAGAGCAAUGCCACCGAAGACCUAAUAGGGCGAGUUUCUUACGAGCUUGAGCCACUAUUAACAGGAGUUAGGCUGUCCUUCAUAACUACUAUGAAUACCAUACAUCUUCAUGUUCUCCUUGUUAUAGCCAUAGGUCUACUGAAUUUCCCUCUGAGUGCAAGCGCAGCGGCGAUUCGGCUGGUCAACGGGCCCACCAGCUGCUCUGGUCGGGUGGAGGUGUUCCACCGCGACACGUGGGGCACGGUGUGUGACGACGGCUGGACCCUGAGGAACACCGAGGUGGUGUGCAACUCACUGGACUGCGGCACGGCCCUGGAGAUCAAGCCGCGCGCCUUCUACGGCGAGGGCAAAGAGGAGAUCUGGCUGGACGACGUGCGCUGCUCCGGCCUGGAGACCUCGUUGCUGAAAUGCGAACACAGAGAAUUGGGCACCAACAACUGCGGCCACGGCGAAGACGUGGGGGUUGUGUGUUCAGACCACAUCAAGCUGCUCAAUGGGACUCAGCGUUGUGAGGGUCGCAUUGAGGUCAAACAUGGUGAUCAUUGGAGGAAAUUGUGCAGCAGUGGCUGGAGCCAGAAAGAGCAUGAGGUGUUGUGUCAGGAGCUGAAAUGUGGGACCCCGCUUACUGGACAGGAUAUGCCAGACUUUGGGGACAGAAUUGCACCAAUAGGAGUCAAGGCAAGUUGCCUGGGAAACGAGACGUCAUUCACGGAGUGUGAAAUCAAGGAAACAGCCGACACUUGUGACAGCGCCUCCCUUCUCUGUACACACAGUAAACAGAUUCGGCUGGUCAACGGGACGACUCGUUGUUCUGGACGAGUGGAGGUCUUACACGAAGGCCAGUGGGGAUCAGUCUGCGAUGAUGGCUGGGGCCUACAGGAGGCAGAAGUUGCGUGCCGCGAGAUGAAAUGCGGGACGGCCCUGGGGGUAAAAUACCAAGCCCACUUUGGCCAGGGGGCUGGCCCCAUUCAGCUGGAUGACCUUGGGUGCAAUGGCCAAGAGAGGACACUGGGAGAAUGCAAACACGCAGGCUUUGGGGUCAAUGACUGCGGCCAUUCGGAAGAUGCCGGCGUCGAGUGUUCAGAGAAAGUCAAGCUGGUCAACGGCACCAGUCGUUGCAACGGUCGACUGGAAGUUGAACACGAGGGACAGUGGGUGAAGAUUUGUAAAAACAGCCAUUGGGGAAAUAAGGAAGAGUCACUGGUGUGCCGUGAGUUAGAAUGCGGCACGCCGGAUAAAAAGGCUGUGAGGCUCAACAUCGGAGCGAGUACUAAUCAGGGAAGUUUCACGGCCAGCUGCGUCGGCGCUGAGACCUCCAUCGCCACCUGCCCACUUCAGUCUAACCCGAGCGCAUGUGAAGCAGCAGUUGUUUACUGCACAGGCCAACCAGAUAUUAAACUGGUGAAUGGCACUGAUCGAUGCACGGGGAGAGUGGAGGUCCAAAACGACGGCCAAUGGGGAACUGUGUGUGAUGACUCCUGGGACAUCAGGGACGCAGAGGUCGCAUGCCGAGCGAUGGACUGCGGAACACCCUUACUCAUCAAACCUGCAGCCUACUAUGGCCCGGGCCGGGGUAACGUCUGGUUAGACGACUUGGAAUGUUUUGGUAACGAGACCUCGCUCAUGCAAUGCAAACGCACAGACUUUGGUGAGAGCAACUGUAACCACAUGGAAGAUGCUGGAGUGCAAUGUUCAAUUUCCACCCGACUCCUGAACGGGAGCAACCACUGCUCAGGCAGAGUGGAGAUCAACCAGGAAGGACAAUGGGCACCAGUGUUUAAUGCUAACUGGGGGCUCAAUGAAGCGCUUGUGGUGUGCAGAGAGAUGCAAUGUGGAGAACCGGUGGUGGCCUCAACACCGUUCAAUUUCGGACAUGCCGGCCAGGCGACAGGGUACACCACCACUUGUAACGGCAGAGAAACCUCGAUAAGCCAGUGCUCCCUGAGAGGAUAUGCCCAGACCAGCCAGAAUCAUGCUGCUGCGGCAACAGUAGUUUGUUCAGGUAACGUGAGGUUAGUCAAUGGAUCCAAUAAGUGCACCGGAAGGGUUGAAUUGUACCACAAUGGCCAAUGGGGAAGUGUGUGCGAUGAAACCUGGGAUAUGAAUGAUGCGGCGGUGGUAUGUAAGUAUCUCCAAUGUGGUAGGGCCCAGAAGAUCCCUAAUUCUGGCUUCUUUGGCCGAGGCAGCACAAACAUGUUGAUCGGAGAAAUUAGUUGUACUGGACGCGAGCACUCACCCGACGAAUGCAGACAACAGAACAUUGGUUCCUCGACUUGCAACAGCACCUCAGUGGCUGGACUUCUGUGCUCAGAUGGUUUGCCCACACGCUUGGUCCAUUCCACGGGUCAAUGUUUUGGGAGAGUGGAGGUCCAACAUGCAGGCCAGUGGGGCACCGUGUGUGGUGAAGACUGGUCCAUGUCCGACGCUAUGGUUGUGUGUGGUCUCUUGGGAUGCGGGAAUGUGGCGAGCAUCUCUGGUAAUGCACAGUUUCAGCAAGGUACCGGGCCCAUAUGGGAAGCCAGCGAUCUGUGUUUCAACAAUGAGGCGUCAGUUUUCAAAUGCUCACAGAGUGGAUUCAACGGCACUAGCUGUGGCCACGAACAGGAUGCCGGUGUUGUCUGCACAGAAUCUAUAAGGUUGGUUAAUGGCAGAAGCGAAUGUUCUGGCCGGCUGGAGAUUUCACACAAUGGCCAGUGGGGAACGAUAUGUGACGACGAAUGGGAAAUGAGUAACACUGAUGUAGUGUGCCGGCAGAUGGGGUGUGGCCAGGGCAUUUCUUUCAGUAAUGGAUUUGGUGCAGGGGAUGGCCCAAUAUGGCUGGACAAUGUUGUUUGUACCGGUGAAGAGGACGCGAUCACUCAGUGUCCUCAUCCGGACUAUGGCGAAAAUAACUGCGGUCAUAGUGAAGAUGUGGGCAUUGUAUGUUUAGGAAAUUUACCCAAGCCACAUGUAUCUCUGAACCCGGGUCCAGAGGUAAACUUCGGUGACAGAGUUGAAAUAACGUGCUCCGUGUUAACCGACCACCUGGGAGGAACGUAUAUCUUACAAAAGACACCAGGCCCCUUCAGAAUGCAGAGAUACUCUGUGAGUGAAACUGCAACCUUCACUAUCCCCAAGACCAACUUGAGCCAUGGAGGCUUGUAUCACUGCCAUUUUCAAAAGAAAAUCCUAUCCAAAACCAUUGACAUGCUGGGAGAUCCUGUUGAGCUCAAAGUCACAGUGAAACUACAGCAGCCCAUCAUCUCCCUGCCAUCGGGUGGCCCCAUGAUGCUUAUACCCACUAACAAAAUAGAGGUCAAGGGAGGAAGCACCUUCUCCAUCUCUUGCUCCAUUUUCUCCAAAUACGAGGGGGGGUGCUUCUACCUGCGCAAGUCCAACACCACCGCCACAAAGCAUCAGGAAUCGUUAAGCCACUCCAUCAUCCAAGUGGCUUACUUUGAUUUCUUAGACGUCACCACGCAAGACCAGGGCGAUUACACAUGUGUCUAUUCCAUCAAUAUCUCUGCACAAUCCUUCCAUUCAGUGCCCUCGAAAAUAAUCCAGGUCAUAGUGUCAGGAUCUGCUGUCUCUUCGACCGUGACAGGAACCAUGGUUGGUCUCGCGCUAGUCCUGAUUCUGUCCGCCAUUGUGUAUCUCUGCUGGAGAAGGAGAGGAAUGGCGUCACGCGCCAUGGUACAGUUCACCAGUAGAGUUGGGGAAGUGAUUAAAGAAGACACUGCAGAAAUAAGAGGUGGAGCGCCGAGUGAAAGGGACUAUAAUACCCUGGCGAAUGAAUACGGCAAUGGUUCCAACCCCGAAGAUAAGGGCGCCAACGAGGUCGAGACCGACAACAAUCUGGAGAGAAAUGCCACCGAAGACCUAACCGGGCGAGUUUGUUACGAGCUUGAGCCACUUAUUCACUCAUGAAAACAAAACAGUAAAAGGGCCAAUGGGUUGUGGUGUUAUGUAAUCAUUCAUAUAUCGUCAAGGAUCUUGGAAAGGAACUGAAGAGUCUACUGAAAAUUUUAAUUGAGAGAGGUUACUAGUGGGAUAAUUGGCUACAUUUAGAGCAUAGAUAUGCAUUCCUUUGGACGUUCAUCUGAUGGCCUUCUUGGUUGUAAACUCUAGCAGGGUGAUGGAACCACAUUCGAUGUAUAAAGACGUGGCAGCCAUAUUGGAGAGGCCAAGACUGGCUUUUAAACAAAUACAAGUAAACAGGCUGCAGUUUGUUAUAUAUGACUUAAUAUGAAUACAAAAACUACUCACUGAAAUCAGCUGAAAAAUGUAAAUGUAAUUGUGCUUCUCAUCAAGAGAAACCGCAGUUUAUCCCGUUUUUAAUAGAUUUCCCUUAUAUGGCAGCAACGUGAUCCAAAGGCCAACUCAGUGUCUAUGUAUGUCUAUUGAUGGAACAGAAUGCAGAAUUUCGCAUUGAGUUCCUUCGUGCUGCUAGAGUUUAGUACAAAGAUGGGACCAAGAUAAAACCAAUAUAUUAAAGGGUAGAUAUCAAGCCACCAGGUGUGAGUGUGAUUAGCCAUUACAAGCCAUUUGAAAAUCUGUCUUCCUGUAUGACCUAGCCUGCUGACAUCCCUAGUGGGUGUGUCCGCCUAGAUGUAUACUGGCUAGAUCAGUCCACCAGCCUACCCAGUGGACUGUGGAAAUUGUUGUUUAUCUAUCUAUCAUACAUCUAGGGGGACACGCCCACUAGUGAUAAUCACAGAUUAUCAAAAAACGAAUGUGGCUAUGGUAUAUUUUAAUCUGAAUUAAAUAAAUGCCAUUAAAAAAGGCAAUGGUGUAAAGAAAGAGUUUCUCGCUAUGUUUUUUAAUGUCUUUGUAUUGGAUUAAAUAUCCCAGCCUACAGCAUUGUUGCCUAUGUGAUCGAUAUUGCAAGCUCUAUAGUUUAGUUUUAGACUACUGCUGAUUUCAGAUAAAAAAGUAAAAUUGUUCAAAUGUGGAUUUACUCAUAGCGAUGUAUGUUUAAAUAAAGUAGUGAAUGUUACUUGAAAAUGUUUUGUUACUUUACAAUAAAGAAUAUAAUGAAUGGGGCAGGGGAGUCAAAACAGUGACAUUAACUGUAGCACAACAAGCUGCAAAGACGGAUAACCUGCUUAAUAACCUGGAAAACCUGCUUCGGAACCUGCUUAAUCAGCAUUGCACCGUUAAAGGACCCAGACAGUUUACAAGGUUAUUUCUUAGGACGUAAAAUUAGCCACGACUUUUGUUGUUCUGUUGAUAUUGAUAAAAACUAGACCAAGUGAUCUUGAGGGAGUUUUAAUAGGAAACUAACGGAACACCAGAGAAUUGGGAAUUGUAAACAGGCAAUUAGUACAAUUGUAAACCAGCAGUUAGGCCUACUACAAGGGUAGUUGAAUUCAAAUAAGUAGCUCCACAGUUUUGAAAAUUGGAAACCGGCUGUUACUUACUGCAAUUGUAAUCAGGCAGUCACU